AAAAAAAAUAGAACGUCUGUUCUUCCUCUUCUUCCUACGCACAGAGCAAAAAAAGAACUUCUUUUCCUUAUGAAAUCCAGCGACCCCAAGCAAAAUCGAAACCCUAGACCUUCGAUUUUGAAACCCUAGAUACUAUUUCCAACAAGGAUGGUCUCUAAUUUGGAAGCGGCGGCGGCGGCGAAGGUGCUAGCAACGAGAAGAUGAACAGCGGCGGCGGCGGCUACUGGGUUUCUGAAACCCUAGUCGCGAUUUGCAGGCCAAGCUUCUGAAAUUCCAAGGCGGCAAACAAUAUGAAUACAAACACAACAAUCCAAAACAGGAAACAAAUACUGCAUUUACCCUACUAACUUGGUUACUAUUUAGUAUUUCGAAUAAGCAUGUAAAGAGUUUGUAGGAAACCAAAUUGUUCAUAUGAAUCUUUAUUUGUGGGACCCACAUAAUAGAGGCAACUUAACCACAAUAACAUUCAACCUUCAAGGUGAUGCCAAGCAAAAUGAAUAAUUUAAAAGAGGUAAAAAGAAAAGAAAGUCACCUUUGAAAGUGAUAUAAGAACAAGAUUCUUAGAUUGAUAAUUUAACAAUAUAAUAUAAGAAAUGAUAAGCAAAAAUGGCCUCUUUAAGAAGUUAGCAAGUUUCAAAUUCUAUAUUUUUUAACCCCAACUUCAACUUUUGUGUUGAAAUUUCCAACCAAAAGAGAGUAUAAAGAAACACCCUACAAUCAUCAUAAAUCCAUAUACACAGGCACUCUCUAUCUCUCUAUUUUUAUACAUCUUUCUAAAUAUAGCUUUAUAUCAUCAUAAAAAAAAUACUAGCAUGAUGCAAUUAGAACCUAUGUUUCAGCCUUCUUGGCCAGUUCACUCUUAUUUUGACUCACCUUUAGAUCAAGAUGGUCAAAAUAUUGACUUUUUCACAAGUGAAGAAGACCAUGAAUUUUAUUCUGCAAAUGCCAUGGAUGGUUUGGAUGAUGUAUGCAGAUGGUUAUGUGAUGAUGGUGAUGAUGUUCAAAAAAUGGAAGAGAUUUCAAGUGAUAGUUAUGAAUGGAGCCCAAGCAUAUCCAAGACUUCAAGUGAUGCAUGUGCAUAUAUCCCAUAUGUAACACCACCAUGCAUGGUGGAUGAUCUCAUGGAAAUUGAUUCCCAAACAGGAAUCGAAAACCUACUCACGGCUCACGCAGAGGCCGUAUGUUCGGGUCAUCCAGAACUAGCCAAAGUGAUUCAGAAACACGUGUGCCAACUAGCUAGCCCAGUUGGUCCUGUACUUGAACGUUUAGCACUUAACUUAUUCCAGUGUGAUGAAAAUCAAGAAAAAGAUUACAUUGUUCAAGAAUCUUUAAGAAACUUUAAGACGGCAUUUAGAGCGUUCUAUGAGAUCUUUCCAUACGGGCGGUUUGCUCAUUUUACCGCCAAUUCAACCAUCCUUGAAUCUAUUCCAACCCAUGCUACUUCCAUUCACAUAGUCGACUUUGACUUGUGUGAAGGAAGUCAAUGGCCUCCGGUCAUAGAAGCCAUAGCAAGAAUAAACAAAACUUUGAUCAUCACAAGCAUCAAACUUGAUCAAGAUCAAGAUUCAAAAUUUGAACAAACAAGGUGGCAACUUUGUAACUUUGCAAGAAGUUUUGGCCUAAAUUUGAAGGUACAAGAGAUGGCUAUGUCACAAAUGGUGAAAACAAUGGAUGAAAGUAAACUAGUGAGUGAAUUUAUAGUCUUUAAUAGUAUGGUUAGCCUUCCACAUAUGGGAAGGACAAGAAAAACAACUCAAGUUAUGGACUUCCUAAAUAUAGCAAAAUGGGCUUUGGCGAAAAAUGAAGGGAUCAUAACCUUUGGAGAUGGAGAAGGUGAAAGAACAAACGAUACCGAUUUCCCUUCAUUUUUUAACAAGAACUUGGCACAUUAUAAAGCAUUAUACGAGUCAAUGGAAUGGGGUUUUCCUAGUUAUCUCAAUGAAGGAAGGAUGGCUAUAGAGACCCUUUUUGUUUGGCCUUUUGUAAAUUCAAAAUCUUGGUUCCAAAAAUGGGAGGAAGGAAGAGGAAAGUCGGGUUUCCAGAAGGAUAUUGGGUUAAAAGGAGUACAACUGAGUAAAGAAAACUUGAAUGAACAACGGGAACUGGUGAAUGAAGGAGAAACUCCGUAUGGAAUCGAAAUUGGAGAGUCUAGGAAUGAAUUUGUGUUAAAAUGGAAAGAAACUCCAUUGGUGAGAGUUUCUGCAUGGAGGUAGAAUAUUCAUGCUUAGAUAGCAUUGUAAAUCAGUAUAAGUGUAGAUUUAUAAGUACAAAUCUCUUGAUUUCCAACUA